AUGCCCCCCUCCGUCGCCAUCUGGUCCCUCACCCCCUCCCCCGCACACACCCGGCUGGCCAUCGCCUGCGACGACGGCGCCAUCCGCAUCGCCGCCAUCGCUGACAACCAGCUCGAGCUCGACCGCUGCAACACCCGUCUCCUCAGCCUCGCCUGGGGCAUGUCACCCUCCAAAACUCCUCUCCCGCUCCAGGAGCCCACCGACUCGCAGCUCUUCCUCGUCGCCGGCGGCGCCGACUCCAGUCUGCGCAAGUGGGCCGCCGGCCCUGAUUAA